AUGAAUGACGAAGCAGCAUUAAUAAGAAAAUUUUGUAGCGUUACAAACACGAGUCAUGAAGUUGCAGUAAACUAUUUAAUGGUGUCCGACGGUAACGUUGAGCAAGCCAUUUCUCUUUACUUGGAGAGUGGCGGUGCUGAUCUUUCUGAUGCUUUUGGUGCCGCUCUUACCUCUACGAGUCCUCAACUGUCUCCAUCAAGAGCGACCUCCACAGACACUGGGAAAACAAGCACAUUUGACAGCGAUGCUGAAUUAGCGAAGGCAAUUGCUCAAGAAGAUUCUACAAUUCGACCUCCCAUAGCGCCAAAACGCGACAUACUUGUUGGUGAUCAAGACAACGGUCGUGACGGUGGAAUGAUUAGGAGAGAUGUACCACGCACUCGUCGCUCACGUGAUUACACUCAUCGAAAUUUUGCAGGCGACGUUAUUCCUCAUCGAAUAGUGCCUUCCGAGGCAACUAGGUUGGCUGAUUUAUUUAGUCCGCCUUUCGAUAUCAUACAUAAAGAAAACUUUGAAAAAACACGGAUCAGAGCGAGAAAUGAUGGCAAAUGGUUAAUGGUUGAUAUCCAAAAUAUAAAAGAAUUUUCUAGUCAACUUCUCAAUCGUGAUUUGUGGACAGACAAAACAGUUAAAGACGUGAUUAGAGCACAUUUUCUUUUCCUUCAGUAUAAUUCAGACAGUCCUGACGGACAACAAUACAUAAAUUUCUAUCCUAUUGAAAAUUAUCCGCAUAUUGCGAUUAUUGAUCCAAGAACGGGUGAAAGAGUAAAAGUAUGGAGUACCCAGACGGAACCCACCGAGUUUUUAAUCGGUGUUACGGAUUUCUUGGAGCGCUAUUCGUUGACUGAUCCAAUGAAGCCGACUUCCACACCGAAAAAGGCACUAUCGGAAAUGAGUGAAGAAGAACAGUUAAGGGCAGCUAUGGAAGAAUCACUUAAUUAUAACAAUAAAAAUGUUGAAGUUCAAACAUCCAAGCAAAUAGAUUUUGAAUCUGAAUCUGAUGAUGAUAUGGAAAUCGAAGAUGUGAUUGAAGUGGACUCAAUUCCUGAAGAACAUGUUUCGACUUUUGAUACCAUUCAACCUGUUGAAAGGGAAGAAGCCCAAGGUCCUACAUCAGCAAUGAUAAAAUUCCGAUUGGCAGACGGACAAACGAUUAUUCGGCGGUUUGAAAAAUUGGAUCCUGUCCGAUAUUUAUUCGAGUUCAUUAAAGCGACAGUUCCUAACUUGAAAAAUCAGCAAUUUGAGCUUGUUUGUCACAGGAAUAAUUUGAUAAACCAUGUCGAUGAAACUGUAGAAGCAGCAGGUUUAUCAAAUUCACUUGUUAAUGUUAAUAAUUCUUAA